AUGAUCGCCAUUGGUAUGGAGGGCUCCGCCAACAAGCUUGGUGUGGGCAUCAUGCUGCAUCCCGAGGAUGGCAGCCCGCCGCAGGUCCUCGCCAACAUUCGGCACACCUACGUUUCCCCACCUGGCGAGGGGUUUUUGCCCAAGGAUACUGCGCGUCAUCAUCGCGCAUGGGUGGUUAAGCUGGUGAAGAAGUCUCUUAAGGAGGCUCGCGUGUCAGUGGAGGAUGUGGACUGUAUUUGCUUCACCAAGGGCCCUGGAAUGGGUGCCCCGCUGCAAAGCGUGGUGGUGGCUGCGCGGAUGCUCAGCUUGCUUUGGAACAAGCCAUUGGUUGGAGUAAACCAUUGUGUUGGACACAUCGAAAUGGGCCGUCUCAUUACCGGCGCUACCAACCCAGUCGUCCUAUACGUAUCUGGCGGCAACACACAAGUCAUCGCCUACAGUUCGCAAAGAUACCGCAUCUUCGGAGAGACACUUGAUAUCGCAGUCGGUAACUGUUUGGAUCGCUUCGCGCGCACACUACAUAUCUCCAAUGACCCGGCACCGGGAUAUAAUAUCGAACAACUAGCCAAGCAAGGCAAACAACUCGUGGAUCUACCAUACGUGGUGAAAGGCAUGGAUGUUUCCUUCUCGGGACUACUAGCCGCCAUUGACGGACUGGCCGCUCAAUGGGGUCUAGGCGGCGAAGAGGCCGCAAAGGGGGAUGCGGACAAGCAAGCCUCCACCGUGGGCGAUGCACAGAUAAUCCCAGAGACGGACGGCAAGCCUACUCGGGCUGAUCUCUGCUUCUCCCUCCAAGAGACCGUCUUCUCGAUGUUGGUUGAGAUCACCGAGCGCGCUAUGGCACAUGUUGGCUCCCAGCAAGUGCUGAUUGUUGGAGGCGUGGGCUCGAACGAGCGAUUGCAGGAGAUGAUGGGUAUUAUGGCGCGGGAUCGAGGCGGCAGUGUCUAUGCGACGGAUGAACGGUUCUGCAUUGAUAAUGGUAUUAUGAUUGCACAGGCUGGCAUGCUGGCGUACCAGACGGGCUUUCGGACUCCCCUGAAGGAGUCUACUUGCACUCAGCGAUUCCGGACAGAUGAGGUAUUCGUCAAGUGGCGAGAGGAUUGAGAUGGAGAGGGAAACCAAAACUAGAAUUAUCACGCGUAAUGAAACAUGCAUAUCAAGACUCUCAAUAUCAAGCCGGCAUCAAUAUGGGGUUCCAGAGGUUAUUAACGGUUUCAAAGUCAAACAAUCACUCCCUCCCCCUCUGGUGGCCUUGUUGAUAUCCACCAUAAAUUGGUCAACCAUUGGCGUG